AUGGGUAUAAAUGUAGGUGGUAUCACUUACUUUUCCUCUGAAGUCAAGUUUGUCGACAUAGCCAAACAAUCACAAGAAUGGAUAACACAAAGAGAUGACCAGAAGUCCUGGAAUACUCAAGAACAUGAUAAGAUUCAUUUUAAUUCUGAUGGUUAUCCAACUUCGUUUCCAGCUGGAGUACGGGUUGCUAAACUUGUUUACCGUGGAUUUGGUGAACAUGAAGAAACUGGUAUUUAUACCAUAUUAUGGGAUGGUGAAGGUGAAAUAGGAAUAAAAUUGGCUAGAUUCAAGGUGCUGAGCAGCAGAAAAGUUGGUAACAUCAACCCAAACAAUCCCGUCAGAAAUCUUAGAUUGAUUGCUCCUGGUUAUGAACAAGUUUAUGACCGUUUUCCAUUCCAUCCUGUAUUCCUGGAGAACCUUAGACGUUAUUCCGAGAUCAGAUAUAUGGAUUUCUAUUCAACUAAUGGACAUGGGCCCGAGCCAACGACCUGGUCCAGCAGACACACGGUCCACUCUCAUUCACAAGCUGGUACGGAAGGAGGUGCUUUAGAAUUUAUGAUAGAUCUGUCUAAUAGAUUAGGUGCUAACCCAUGGUUCUGUAUACCACAUGCUGCUGAUGAUAACUAUGUGGCACAAUUUGCUACUUUGGUUAAAAAUACACUCAGAAAAGAUCUAGUGGCGUAUGUUGAAUAUUCAAAUGAAGUAUGGAAUGGGAUAUUCAGACAGUCAAAAUAUAGCGAAGCAAAGGGAUUAGCUCUUAAGUUAGAUGUAAAACCCUUCAAAGCUAAAUUUAAGUAUUACAACAAACGGUCAACAGAGGUCGUAGCUAUUUGGAACAGGGUGUUUGGUUCUGAAGCUGACAAAAGGGUUUCAGGGGUGUGGGCGUGGCAAACUGGUUUCCAGGAUUAUUAUAAACAGGCCGUUGAAGAUCUUGGUAACAGAAUACAUACAUUUAAAAAUAUUGCUAUUACUGGUUAUUUUGAUUGCCAGAAGAUUGCUGAUAAACAUGCAAAGGAGUUACCAGGAAUGAGCAUGACAGAAAUACAGAGAUAUUGUAAAAACGAACUACCAGCAAAGGAAGCGGAGUUUAAACAUUAUAUGGAUUUAGCUAAGGCGUACGGUGUACAGUUAGUGAUGUAUGAGGGUGGACCAUCAGUGAUGGAGAGUAGUGCUUUGCGUCAUUUUGGUCAGUCAAACAAAGCUACAACAGAGAAGGCUAUAGCGUUUAAUAAAGAUAGUCAUAUGGAAGAAAGUGUGAAAGAUGUUUUAAAUCUAUGGAACAAGGUUGUUGUUAAAGACCCUCACACUAAACAAGGUGGAUUUUUUAAUUACUUCUCCUAUACAAGUUCACCAACAAAAUAUGGUUCAUGGGGAAUGUUAGAAUAUACUGGACAAGAUCCCAAAACUGUGGCGAAGUUAAGAGGUGUUCAGCAUUUUCUCACCUCAGCUUAUGGAAAUGCGCCCAGGGGACCGAAAUGCAGUUUUAUCAAAAAUGGCGGCAUAGCUUAUGGUUGUUAUAAUAAAGGUGGUUACUUUGAUUGUGGUUUGACUGACAAUUCUGGACGAACGUGGAAUAAAUGGAAUGUACCUGGUAGAAGUCAAGGUGAUACUUUGGUAUUAGAUGGAUAUAAUAAAAAGAAAGAUGUUGUUUAUAUUCGAGUAAUCGACAAUAUUGGGUCGAAUAAUUACCAUAUAUAUAAUACCAAAUCACAUCAAUGGUCAACACCAGUAAAUUUCAUCUACUAUACUGAUUUAGCUAUGAAAGAAAUAUUACCACCACAAGCUACAGGUGAUUGGACUGGAUUAAAUUCACAUUUCAAUUGCUAAUAAACAUUAUCUAAUUGGG